AUGGCAACACCCAGUGAUGUCUCCGGUUUCUACGCCUACAUGCAUGAAUUCUCGGAAUCAGUGGAUAUUUGGCGCGGUCAAUUCAAUCGCCGCACCGGGCACCUCGAAUCUUGGCAGGUGGUCUGCUAUACUUUCUCUUUAAUAUUCCUGGUCGCGUGGAUCAGAAAAAUCACAUCAUCUGAGAUCUCAUUUUUCGAGCGUUUUAAUCGAAAGAGCCAUGCGAUGAUACGCAAUUUACCGUGGGUACGGCCGAGAUUUGACGAGAUACUGGCGAAUACAAAGAAUUUGUUUGAGGAGGAGACGCAUAAGGAUGACUUUCUUCGUGAAUUCUAUAAAUUUCUGCCGGAGCGAGGAUUAGAGAGGGAAGAUAUCGUGCGGGAAGCAAAGCAAUACGCACUCCUCGGAAACCCUAUAAUCUCAUUUCAAAAUUCCACCGACGAUCGAGGAGCGGAAGCGAUCCAAGAGGUCACAAAAAUAUUCCAAAACGCCAACUCCCCAAAAGGCAUCAGGAAGAUGGAGUCCGAAGUGGUGAAAAUGGUAUCAACGAUGAUGCACGCGGGGCAUGGCUCUAGUGGAGUAGUAACAUCCGGGAACCCUGAAUCAGUAUUGUUGGUUUAUUACGCAGCCAGACGAAAAGCUCUCGCCGAAUCGAUCGAAAGCCCCGAAAUUCUACUUCCAAUUUCGGCACACCCUGUCUUUCAGCACCUGGCGGACAUGAUGCGCUUCCGGGUGGUCAAGGUCCCUGUCUAUCGGGAUGAUCGAGUGGACUAUCGGCGGUUACGUCGCAGGAUUACAUCUUCCACUGCAUUAAUAGUGGCCUCAGCUCCAAAUUCGACGACCGGUACUAUGGACGAUAUUAACAAGAUCUCUGAGCUAGCUGCCCGCUACAAAAUCCCGUUUCACGUCGACGCUUCCACCAGUGGAUUUUUGUUACCCUUCCUCGAGAUGGCCGACUUCCAUCAGCCGCACAUUGAUUUCCGGCUUUCUGGGGUGACGUCGAUUGCUGUAGAUUUACACGGCUACGGUCAGAGCACGGAAAACGGGUCGGUGUUGAUCUUCAAGGAUCAGAGCUGGUUGAAGCACCAUACGUACAUCAGCACAAAGAAUCGAACCGGUGUUUACGUUUCCCCCACCCUGAACCCAAAUCGGAAUGCGAGCGUUAUUUCAGCGGCCUGGGCGACGCUACUAUCGAUUGGCCGGGACGGAUAUGUCGAUAUCACCAGCCAGAUCGUCACCACCACGAGGAGAAUGGCAGAGCUUAUGAGAGAAAACAAGGAGAUCGAAAUUCUCGGAGCACCCGAGCUCUGUCUUAUUGCAUUCCGAUCGACAGCCGUUGACACUUAUGCGCUGGGAGAAAAGUUGAUUGAUGAGGGCUGGGAGCUCGAAGUCGGCGAGAACUGUCUGCGACUUCCAAUAAUUUUGGAAAUUUGUGAUGACGAUCGAAUUUCGAGAUUUAUCGCAGAUCUAAAGGACUCGGUCGAAGCGCUGGUAAUUGACAAGGGAUAUGCGCAAGAGUGCAAGACAGCCGCGUUGCAUAGGAUGAUCGAUACGUCAGCUGAUCAAUGGCUGGUAAACGAGAUUCUACGGGUUCGGCUGAUAGCCGAACAUUCGAUGCCACCACCAGAGCAGAAAACACGUCCGAGAACGGUAAGCGUCGACGGGCGCAAAAUGUCAAUGCUGGGCAGCAAACCGAUACUCACACAGUCGCCA